CAUCAGUACCGCAGUACACGCACACGCACACGCACUCGACCCACUCGAUGACCGCCGCCUGCUGCCGCCGCAGACACCUCCACCACCAAAACCACCGCCACUGCCCGCACUUCCAUCGCCACCAGAUACGGCACUACCGAUAUCCCCUCCACCCCCCACCGGAGUCCGCCGUGCCGACAACAACAACAACGACGACGACGCGGCGGCGGUACGUCAUGUCCAGGCCGCACCGGCGCCCGUCUGCCGUGAGGGUUCGCGCGCAGUUUUUACGUCGGCCCGCGGCCGCCAUGUGAGCGAAAUAUUUUCCUCCACGCACGCACACGCACACUCACACGCACACAUUGUUGUCGCCGCCGCCGCCGCGCCGUCGUCGUCGUCGUCGUCGUUUUUCGGUCGUCGCAUUUCGUAUCGCCGGUGCACACGACCACCGCCGCGCCGCCGAUAUCGUCGUUCGCUGUUCGCUGUCGACGGGGCCGCUGUAGACCCGAGAUGAACAUAAGUCAAUAAUGGGCGGAAUGGAUACAGACCAAUUAUAUUCCGUGCGCUGGAAUGAAUUCCACACAAGUAUUAUAACAUCAUUCAGACAUUUACUCGAUCAAGAAGACUUUAUAGAUGUUACUAUCGCUUGUGAUGGUCAUUCAUUUACUGCACAUAAAGUUGUGCUCUCUGCAUGUAGUCCUUACUUCAGAUCUCUGCUCAAGGCAAAUCCAUGCCAACAUCCCAUUGUAAUCCUUCGUGAUGUCAAGAAACAAGAAAUGGAAGCAUUAUUAAGUUUCAUGUAUAAUGGAGAAGUUCGGAUUAAUCAAGAACAUUUACCAGAGUUUUUAAAGACUGCUCGUAGCUUGCAAGUACGAGGUCUCGUUGAUUUUACUAAAGAAAACCAACCGUCCUCAUGGGGAAGUUCAAGCGUAGUUCCAGUUGAUGUUGUUGGAAAAAAUAAAGCCAGUGAUAAUUUACCUAGCCCACCAUAUAAAAGACAACGCAAUAACUCUGAACAGUUGACUACUCAACCAUUGACUCCUAGUAGUAGUUAUAAUGCUGAUAGAGAUAAAGAUACACCAUCACUGCUCGUUCAAGCAUUGGAAUUGAAUCAAUCACAGUCAAGUCAGAACAAAAAUACAGUAGACUCGUCAGUGACUGGUCAUUCGUCUGACGAAGAAGAUAGCAAUUCUGGAGAUUCAGACGGCAGUCAUACAGUUAAUGACACACGUUCAAAUGUAAAUCAACAAAACAAUGACAUAGUUAUUCAACCUCAAAUAUCUCAGGCCCAACAUUCAAAACUAGAACCUGUAGAUUUUUUAUCAAGUAGUGGUAAUAAUCAUGACCUACACAAUACAUCAAUCUCGAUUGAGCAACAGUCCAGGCAUUCUUUUCCUACAUCAAUUUCAUCUGGAGUUUCAAUUAUAAGUAGCUUACAAGGAUUACCAGGUCUAUUACCAGGUCCAUCAGGCAUCCACAACAACAGCCAAGAAAACAGCUACGGGGAUGGCGGUGGACCUACGAUGGGAUGUUACUUGAACGCCACCGAACCGAAGCCAGUGUGCACAGAAUGCGGCCGGGUGUAUAGCAGCGUGAGCAACUUGAAGCAGCACAUAGCCAACGUCCACUCAGCCACUCCGCACUGGGAACCCUGCCCGGUGUGCGGUAAACACUUUAAGACCAGACAGUAUCUGUUCAAUCACCUGUUGCAAACCCACGGCAUCCGGCAGCGGGGCAGCAGGAUGCACAUGCACUUGCCCUCGGGUGGCGGUGGUGUCGGGGGUGGAGGUGGUCACCAUCACCACCAUAACCAUCACCACCACCAUCCUUCGCACCCAUCGACGAUCGCGUCGUCGUCGUCACCACUGCAGGCCCACAGCCCGUCGGCCACCAUUUCCUCGUGUUUUUCCAACGCCUCAGUGGUAAAACCGCUCAUGUCGCACCACGCUGACAUCAAGCCCCUAUCGCACGCGUCCGUUGCCGCGGCCGCCGCAGCAGCAGCAGCAGCAGCAACCGCCGCAGCCGCAGCCGCCACCGCCGAUCAUAACGAACAGCGGCAGCAGCAGCAGCAGCAGCAACAGCAACAGCAACAGCAGCAGCAGCAACAGCAUCCCCCAAACAGUUUCGUACCACCCUUACCGUCGUCUUCGUCGGCGUCCGUGUUGAACCGACUCAACAACCCCGAUCUAUCUUCCCAGUUCUACAUGUUAUCCAAGUCAGCCGUUACCAGAUAAUAUUAUAGUCCCCCGUUUCGUAUAUUAACUCUGUUAAGGUAAUAAUAAUAAUAAUAGUUUAGUUAAGUGUAACCCGGCUACACUGUGUAGGUGUACACCUCGACGACGGGAUUUAAAACCAUGGUUUCCGAUGGUAUAUAAUAUUACGUGUAAUACAUUAUUACCUAUUAUAUUAUUACGUGUACACAGUAUACGCAACAUGUUUACUGCGCGUAUGUCGGACGACGACGAGGUCAUUGUUUACGAUUUUUUUGUUUUUCUAUUUUACUCGAGGUUUACUUUUAUAUUAUCAUUUUAAUUUUUUUUUCCAAACCGUUUUUUGUAUUAGGUUAGGUAGGUAUAUACCAUGUGUCUUUUCCGGUUCGUACUCGGGUCUAUAAACUGGGGUUUGUACCGCAUAGUAGGUACCUACGUAAUAUAUUAUAUCAUAAUGUUUAAUAUUGUUUUCCUUCUCUCGUAUUUGCAGGCAUAACUCGCAAACGUGGAAGGGGUGUUAUUACGUCAAUACUCAUCCGAUUUUAGCAAUAAUUAUUAUCUAAAACUUUUUUUUUCAUAAACUACUAAAUACGUGCCAAUUUUGACAAUUUUAUACAUUGAAAAUAUAUUUUUAAUUAUGCUGACGUUUGGAAAUAUCAUAUACCUAAUACUUAGUUGUAGCAUAUUAUAUUAAGCUAUAUACCAUCAUACUUUGCUCAUCUUAUUUUUGAACAUGUUCGCUAAAAAUUACGAAAUUAAAAAAUGCGAAUCACACACGAUUAUAAUAAUAAUUGGUAUUCACGGUAAACCGCGAUCAAUAAUAUCAUAAUACCAAUAAAUUAUAAAUCUAAGCAUUAAGCAUUUUUUACAAAAGAAAAUAUGAUUAAUAUUCUUCACGAUUCACGCCGUGUUCGUCAUUAGUCAUUACUUUGUCGUGUAUACAAAUGUGCUUAUUACACAAAAUAUUAAAAUAAAAAAAUCAUAACUGAAUUCUCUUUAUUUAUCCUUAUAACCAAAUAAACAUAAAAAUAAUUAAUACAAAUAAAAAAUUUUUUUUUAAUCUAUCAAUUGUAUUUUAGUAUAUAGUUUGUUAUUAAUGAAACAGUUAAACUCUGGCUACUUCUUUUUCAUUCAAAUAAAUUGAUUUUUAUGUCGACUACUUCUGAACAUAAUAAAUAAUAAGUCCUUUAGAUUAUUAAAUAACUUUUGAAAAUAUAACUAAUAAUUAGAAAUACUAGAUAAUAGAUAUAACGAAACAUUAAACAUUAAGCGAUACAUAAUUGAGUGAUAUAGUCAUAUAUUAUUCGUAUAAUCAUAGUGAUAUUUGUGAAAAUAUUUAUGACCGAAAAAAUGAGUCCUACGUUUAGAAAUUAAUAAUUACAAAAAUAUUUUGUUGAUAUUUACUAUUGUUCUCUAUGAAACAAUCAACGUUUUUAUUGACAGAUGAAGAAUAAAAUGAUUUUCGUUAAAUUUUAAAUUUAAACAUAUAUAUUUAUAUUUUUACAAUUCAUAUAUAAUAUAAUAUAGUAAGGAUUAUUUGUAUUUUAUUAUUAUGUAAAUACGACUGCGUAAAUAAUAUAUAUUUUAUAUUAUAUUGUCAUUUAUCCUUAAUUUGGUCCUCUGAUUCUAGUCUUUAGUACUGUGGAAAUAAUUAUUAGAUAUUAGUCGUAUAAAUAUUUUAAUUGAUUAUAUUAUUCAAAACUGUCUUCAGACAAUGAAGUGCAGCUAUGUAUAAUGCAAUUUCAUGUUUUAUUACAUAUCUUAAGUUAAAAAAAA